AUGGACAAGAAUUGCAUUUUUCUCAUUUGCAAUGGAAUCCUAGUCUUCCUUGCUAAAACUUCUGGCUUCAUCCGCUUUUCGCCUACUUCUAAUGAUCCUAACGGUCAUUUAUCCAAGAAGAUUGGAAACGGACAUGGAUAUGGUUUUCAAUCAGCGCCGGAGUUUAGACAGUCAUUGCUUGAGAAAGAAGUUUCCUUGGGAACUACUGGGCUGCCCUUAGAGAAUGUUGUUGUUGUUGAAGAAGAAGAAUACUCCAUGGAAGAAGAAAGUGAGGACUCAAACUUGAUUGUAGAAGAUAAAGAGAAAGAAGGGCCAAUUAGGGUUUUAACUACAGAAGAUGAAGAAAAUGAUGAGAAAGAGAUGGACACUAUUGACUUUCUAAUCAAUAAAGAAGAUGAAGAUGAAGAUGCGAGGAUUACCUGUGCUGGUAGUUUACUUACAUAA